AUGUCAGAUAAGGAUUCCACGUGCGAUAAAGUGCUUCAAGAUGGGAAAAAAGGAUUUGGUAGCAGUGAUGGUGUUACGAGCAACAGAAGGCAACGAUUACUUUCGCUUUCUAUACCUCAUUUUGGAACAGAAAUCGCUGGAUUUGAGAAUUCAUUUUUGCAACAAUUUUUUUUACUUUUAGCAAUGCCAUGGUUUGGCAUCGAUAUAGGCGGUACACUGGUCAAACUUGUUUACUUUGAGCCACAAGAUCAUCAUGAUUUUGUUGAAAGUGAAGAUGAAAUUCUGCGGCGGAAGAAAAUUCAGCGGUAUCUUGUAGCAAGCAAAACUUAUGGUGGUACCGGUGUGAGAGAUGAUCAUCUGCGUUUAUGUAAUGUCGAAAUCAAUGGUAGAGUUGGUACAAUACAUUUUAUUCGAUUUCCGACAGAUAGAAUGCUUGAUUUUGUGCAUUUAGUAAAGAUUAAAGGUUUUGCGGAAAUGAGUAGUACAGUUUGUGCUACUGGAGGUGGUUCAUUAAAAUAUGCUGCGGAAGCAUCGGUAAACAUUUCUCUUUUUGGUAAAGUUUGCUGCAAAAAAGAUCUAGAUAACGCACGAAUUGAAGAUCUUGCACAUUCUGCUCUCGUAACGACGACAAACAACAUCGGUUCAAUUGCAUUUAAUGGCGCAAAAACUUGUGGAAUUGACCGAAUAGUUUUCGUUGGCAAUUUCUUACGAGUAAAUCCAAUUGCUGCAAGAUUAUUGAGUAAUGCUAUGAAUUUUUGGUCACGAGGGACGAAGAAGGCUUUGUUUUUGAUACAUGAAGGUUACUUUGGUGCCGUUGGAUGUUUGGACAAAUUGGUUGAUGUCACAGAAACAAGGAGGCGAAUGCGUGCAGAAAAUUCAGAGCAUCGGAACAGUGGUAUUAAGAUAUCGAACAGAUCUGAUUUGCGGAAUAAAUGA